AUGACUCAAAUCGAAGCCUCCAACCCCUUCACGUACCAGCACGUCGUCGCCCGCGGGCUGCCGUACGAGCGCGGCUUCGCGCACGGCCGGCAGGCAGCGGGCAAAGUGCAGGAGAAUGUGCGGUACUACCGGCGGCCGGGCAAGCUGGCGCACUCGGCGGCGCUGAUGGAGGCCAUCAUCCAGCACGUGUACAAGCCGGCGCUCGAGCAGUACUACCCGAGCGGCCUGCAGGAGAUGCAGGGCAUUGCGGACGGCGCGGGCGUGACGCUGGACGACGUGAUCCUUCUCAACUCGCGGUACGACCUGGCGCGGCUCAACGACGAGCCGGGCAGCCGGCCGGUCAGCGACCCUGAGGACCCCGAGGACGGCGAGGACAACGCCAACGAGUGCACGUCGGCCGUGUUCCACCACAACGCCACGGCGACGGGCGACAUGGUGACGGCGCAGAACUGGGACAUGAGCGCGCGGCUGUGGGAGAACGACUGCAUCAUCUACCUCGAGGUGCACCCGGACGCGUCGGAGCACAAGCCGUCGCUGUUUCUGGUGACCGAGGCCGGCCAGCUGGGCCGCUCCGGCAUGAACUCGGCCGGCCUGGGCGUGACGGCCAACUCGCUGAUGAGCUCGGCCGACUACAUCCCCUACCCGUACGUGGACGCGGCGGGGGUCAAGCACGACAUGGAGGUCCGGCCAUUGCUGCCCAUGUCCAUGCUGCGCCGCAUGAUCCUCGAGAGCAACCACCUCGCCGAGGCCAUGACGUGCGCCUACAACUUCCCGCGGCACGUGUCCAACAACGUCACCGUCAGCUCGGCCGAGGGCUUCGGCGUCUGCCUCGAGGUCACGCCCGACCGCGUCUACCGCGUCGAGCGCACGCACGCCGACGACCGCUACCUCGUGCACACCAACCACUUUGUCCACCCGGGCUUCCUGGCCCGCGCCGACGUCCGCUGCCUGUACCCCGGCGGCAGCAGCUGGUUCCGCCGCGACCGCUUCGAGGCCAACGUGCGCGCCGCCGCGCAGGCCGGCCAGCUCUCGACGGCGCAACUCAUCGCCGCCUUUUCCGACCACAUCAGCUACCCCGAGGCCCUCUGUGUGCACCCCGACCGCAACCCCGUCGACGCCGUCAUCGGCCACCUGCCCGGCUACCCCUUCCGCACCAACUCGGCCACCGUCGCCUGCGUCCUCUACAACCUGUCCAAGCGGCAGAUUACCGUCUGCAAGGGCCCGCCGUGCCAGGGCCAGUUCCAGACGUUUGACCUGCACGGCCCGUCCGGCAACAAGCGGGGAUCACAGGAGGAGCCGGGGGUCGAGCGGCCGGAGCACCCAUAG